AUGGAAAUGAAUAAUAGUAAAAUGAUGAUUUUAAAUGAAACAAUAACAAGAAAGUCCUCUUCAACUCACAAUAUUUAUAUAAUAUCUGCUGGUCAUCUUUUAAUAGUAUUUUAUUGUAUAAUUUUUAUUUUGGGUUUUCUCGGUAAUUCAGCUGUGAUUUAUGUAGCUAUUCGAAAGAAAAAAUAUCGUAAUGUUACAAAUUGUUAUGUUAUUAAUUUGGCUUUAGCUGAUUUAUUAUUUUUAACACUUGCUAUACCAUAUACUACAUAUUUAGGUUUAGUAAAUACUUAUCCAUUUGGUAAAACAAUCUGCAAAAUUUAUAUAUAUCUUGUCUAUGUAUUUUUAUUAGCUACUUGUAAUACAUUAGCUGCGAUGAGUAUUGAUCGAUAUUUAUACAUUACUUUACCAACUUCUAAACUACAACAUCGUACACCACAAACUGCUUUUAUAGUUUGUAUUCUUAUUUGGACUAGUUCACUUGUACUUAUUAUUCCUUAUCAUAUAGUUUCACGUAUGUUUACAUCAAAUUCAAACGCAUGUGGUCUUAAUGAUCAUAAAAGUUUUACCAUUUGUUUUCUUGUCUUUUGCUCUUAUUAUGCUCUACCACUUUUUAUUAUUAUUGUAUGUUAUACAAAAUUGGCAAUGCAUGUUAUACGAUCAAAUCGACUGAUUGCUAUUCGUAUGAAUACGAAAACUAUUUCAAAAUCAUUAAAAACAAAACAAAAACAAGUGACGAGAAUGGUUAUUAUUGUAACAUUAGCAUUUGCUGUAUGUUGGCUACCAAUUCAUAUACUUGAAUUAAUGAAAUGUGCUAAUUCAUCAAUACUCUAUGCUCUUGUUCAAUCUUAUCCAAAAGUUCUUUAUUCAAUUCGUGUAUUUACACAUGCAUUAGCUUAUUUCAAUUCGUGUUUAAAUCCAUAUUUAUAUGCAUUAUUAAAUCGUAAUUUUUGUGUUGAUCUUAUGGAUAUAAUCCCAUUACGUUUUAUACGUCAUAGUCGAAUGAGAAUACUUGAAACUAACACUUCAAAUCUAAAAGAAAAAUUUUUAUCUCCAACUGUAAUACCAAAUGAAAGUUCUCUUAAAAAAGAACUAAAUAAUAAUGAUGUUGCUGCUCAUGGGAUCGAUUAUAAUGAAAAACCUAAAUCAAAAACUGUUGAUGUUAGUCGUCAAAUUGAAUUACAUGAAAUGUAA